ACAGCUGUUUUUUUUGUUUUCGUUACUUCUUCCUUUGCGGGUGCCAUGAUGGCCCGUUCGGUAUCUGCAGGAACAUGCUGAGAAGCCCUAGAAUUGUCUUUACCAAAUUAAGCCAGAGAUCCUACUUACCAUUUUGAAGUAAUAAGGAGACAAAUGUUAGCAUUGCAUAGCAUGAGAGAUUGAGAAUGGAAGAUGAAGAUCAUCGUCCGCAGCAAGCUCAGAAAUGGCUUGAAGACAUGUCAAACGGUUUAUGUCACGAGAUCGAAGCCCUAACUCUCGAAGGCAUACAGAUCGAACAUGCCGAGAAAGGUCUCGUCCGCUGUAAAUUCAUCAUACCAAGACACCUCUCAGAUAGAGAUGGAAAUUGGCACGUCGGAGCGAUAGCAGUGUUGAUUGACGACGUCGGGGCUGCCGCCAUAUGCUCCGCGGUUGGACACAUCCAAGUUUCAGUCAAUUUAUCCAUUUCUUACCAUUCAACGGCUAAAAUUCAGGAAGAAGUAGAGAUAGAGGGAAAGGUUAUAGGGCAUAAGGAGAAGCUUUCAUUGGUUGUGGUUGCUAUCAAGAACAAAAACAGUGGAAAUAUUAUUGCUUUUGGUAAGCAAUGGAUGACUUCAGUUGGUAUUGUUGAAACUAGUACUACUCGUCAUCACUCUAGCAAGCUCUAGUAUGACACUCUUUGCUUCCUUCUCAAUACAUUUAAAAGAAGAAGAAGAAGAAGAAGAAGAAGAAGAAGAAGAAGAAGAAGAAAAUUGAAAGGAAAUGAGAAAUUAAUCUUUGAUUCAUUUUGCAAUUAUACUAGGUUUGAGCUAUAAUGACACUAUUUAAAUAAUUGCUUUGCUAUACAUGGAAAAAUAGUGAAUUGUAAUAAGCAAAAUCAUUAGGCCAUUGAACAAUUAAGGUUCUAUGUCUCAUACCAAAAAAAGAAGAUCAAUACAAAAGUAACUUUAUAAUGUAAGUCUCUACUUAGUAGUUAAGAAUGCCCAUCCUAGUUUUGUGUUAA